AUGUUAUUAAUAUCGAUCCAAAGGUUCAUAAUCAUUGCGGAUAUUCAAAAAUUGACCAAAUUCGUUCAAGGAAAAUGGUUACUUUUGCUCCUCUCAUUGAAUUAUGUUGCAGGUUAUGCUGCAACUCGUUAUAAGCAAAAGUACAUUUGUAGUACUGAUACUUGUGACUUGUAUUCUAUCGCCUUUAGUGACGUUAAACCUAAAAGUUUUGUCAAAGAAUCAACUGUUUGUAUCCAUAUUGCUACAGAACUUGAUUAUUUCGUACUUUCUGGAUGUGUACUCGAACUAAUGAUUUUAUCAAUCGCAAUAUUAUUAUUCCUCCUAACGUUUAAUAAUGUUCGUAGAAAUCGUCACAUUUUAUCGGAGACUCGGAGGCGCGCUGAAUUAUCGAUUAUUUAUCAGAAUAUUCCAAUUGUUUUUUCUUUUAUUUUCACAUAUUUUUCAGUUAUUGUAGUGUAUUUCAUUCGAGAAGAAAAUGAUAGUCGAGAAGAAAUAUUCAAAAGAUACGUUUGCAACAACUUUUCAAGUGUUGAGAUGAUUUUUCCGUUGACUUAUACGGUUGCUUACUUUGGUAGAUUUGAACCCUUAUUUUCAAAGUUAUGUUGCGAUUUCAUUUGUUGCAAGAGAAGAAAUCGAAUCAGUGACCGAUCUAUGCAGUUUAUGAGUACUACACGACAUGCGAUGGAAGUCCCUCCAGCUAAUUAAUUCUCAAAAAUCGUGUUUUUCCAAUUUCCAGUCGAUAAACUCAUUUCCUCCUGCAAAACAAUCAUUUUUCAAUAAAUCUAUCAAAUUUUCAAACAACCUUCUUUUAAAAUCAUCGAAUUCCAGCCAAAAACAUGUUUUCCUCGAAAAAAACGGAAAAAAACAACGAUACUCCGCUUUGCCUGGUGUUUAGCGUAAAUCGCUGCAAAAAACAAACAAAUCAUUUUCAAAUGUUUUUUUUCUCGUUUUGUCUCGUUUACUAAUGCUUGUUGUAUUACGUUUCAAAUAUUUUUAAUAUUUUUUCGUGGUUUUGAAAUUUUUGAUAUGCUUUCGUUCGAACACAGCAAAAAAAAAAUUAUUUUUUUUCUUUUAAGCUCAGUUUUUUUCCUCGAGGAAAAGUGCACCAUGUGAUUUUGGGUCAAAAAUCGCGAAAAUUUGGGGAAUUUUUUCCAGUAAUUCAAUAUCCCCCCCAAAAAAAAUUCAAAAAUAAAUAUUAGAGCUCCGCGAGCCCAAAAACUCCCACCUUCUUUUUUUUUUUUCGUUGUUCCUGUGGAGGAAGAAGAACAAAUAAUCCUCACUUUUAUGAUGAUUCACUUUUUUCUCUGCGUCUCUAACUCUCUCUAAAUCUCUCUGAGCUCCUGGCUCCUGGGAGCUCAGAAAAAUUGGAAUUUUCAAGGUUACUGUAGAGUUUUUGGCGCCAAAAUUUCAUAUUUCAAAAAAAAAAUUUGAAUUUUCAAGAUUCCCGGAACCUUCCAGGAUUACUGUAGGUUUUGGCCAACUUUCAAAAUUUUCAAGUACUUUUUUUAAAUAUCCAGGAUUACUGUACAUAGAAACCACUGGGGAUACUGUAGAUCAGAAGUUUUGGCGCCAAAAUUUCAUAUUUUCAAAAAAUUUGAAUUUUCAAGAUUCCCGGAACCUUCCAGGAUUACUGUAGGUUUUGGCCAACUUUCAAAAUUUUCAAGUACUUUUUUUUUAAAUAUCCAGGAUUACUGUACAUAGAAACCACUGGGGAUACUGUAGAUCAGAAGUUUUGGCGCCAAAAUUUCAUAUUUUCAAAAAAUUUGAAUUUUUAAGAUUCCCGGAUCCUUCUAGGGUUACUGUAAUUUUUUUGGCGCUAAAGUUAUUUUUUUUCAAAUUUCAGAAUCCUGGGUUACUGUAAAUCAGAUUUUUUUUCAAAUUUUCAGCAUUUCCGGAACCUUCUAGGGUUACUGUAGCUUUUGCCGCCAAAAUUCUAAAUUUUUUCUAAUUUUCAAGAUUUUCAGAACCUGCUAGGAGUACUGUAGAGUUUUUUUUUCAAAAAAAAAAUCAUGGAAUACUGUAGGUCCCAAAUUUUUUAAAUUUUUUAGCGCGAAAAUAAAAAUUUUCAAAAUUUUCUAGUGUUUUCUCUCUCUUUCUCUGCGUCUCUCAUCUCUCACCGAGCUCCUGGGAGCUCGGUGAAAUCCCCCGAAAAAGCUCCGCCCACUUUUUUCUUUGCUUUUUGAAUAAAAAGAGAUAGAGAGAAAAGAAAAGCUUAUUAUUAGUAUUGCGAAAGAAAAUAUAGAUUUCGUAUAUUUUUUUUGAGUUAGGCUAACUUUCUGAAUUUUUGAGGAUACUGUAUGAUUUUUAAAGGGGCAUAACCUAAUUUACUUUUGGGAAUUUCUUAAGGUUGUUUUUGGCGCCAAAAAUAAUUGUUUUUUUUUUCCUGAAGUACUGUAGAUUUUUUUAAAGGAACAUAUGAUUUUUUAAACUAAUUUUUACAGUACUCUAUUCUCUAUUACUGUAUUUUUUCUAGAUUACUGUAUAUAAUAUUUUCGCGCCUUUUUUCUCAAUUUCAAAAAAAAUUCAAAUUUUUUUUUUGCAGAAAAUAAUCCACACAGCUAUGAAUAAUCCACCACAAAAUGAGGCAGAAGCCAGGGAAAAAGUGAGUUUUGGCUGGAAAUCUGGAAUUUUUAGAACUUUUCAGAGAGGUUCUUCUGGAAAUUUGGAUUUUUCUGGAAUUUUUUGAAGAUUUUCAGAAGCUUUAGAAGUUUUAAAAACAUCCUGAACUCAAUUUUUUUCAGAUUUUAAUUUGAAAUUGUCUGAAAAUUCCCCCAACUCCCCAAAAAUGCUGAAAUUUCCAAAUUUCAGAUGCGCGAAUUGAUGUCUCGUCCGCCGGCAAGUCGUCCAGCGGAUUUCGUCAACCCUCUAGAAAAAAUCGAGCAACUUUUGACGUGCCCAAUUUGUUUGGAUCGAUAUAAGUGAGUCAUCUACAGUAACCCGAGGUUACUGUAGAUUUGUAGAUCAAAAAAUUAGGGGCAUUUUUGAGGUACAAUAAGCCAGGGAAUUAUUUUGAGGCUAGAUAGGUUUUCCCAAAUAUUUGAAAUUUUGAGGCUACAGUAACCCAGGAAUACUGUAAUUCCAAAUAUUUCUGUGGAUCAAAAAUUAUUCCAAAAAUAUCGGAUUUCGAAAUUUUCAGUGUACAGUAACCCAAAGUACAGUAUUUUUCUGGAAGAUCAAUUUCACAAAAAUUAGCUACAGUAACCCUGAUCUACAGUACUCCCUGACUACUGUAGAUUAAAAAUUUCUUUUUGAGCAGGAAAAAAUUGCCGGAAAAAAAUACGUUUCAAAAUUUUUUGAAAUAUUUUUUUAUUGAAUUUGUCUCAAUGUAUUCCAGAAAUUCCAGAAUUUCAAGCCGAAUUCAAAUUUUUCAGAAAAUUUCAGAUUUUCCCUGAAAUUUGGAGCAUUUUGAGCCCAAACAUCACCUAUUUUCAAUAGAAAAAAAUUCCCAGAAAAAAUACGUUUCAAAAUUUUUUGUAGAGAAAAAGUUUCCACAAAUUCGAAUCUUUCAGUCUACAGUAAUCCAAAGUACUGUACUUUUUGGAAAUCAACUUUUUUUGAACUAAAAAAAAAUCAAUUUAUCAAUUUCAACCCGAUCACGGGUUCGAAUCUCCCUUCGUCAGCACUUUUUUUCUCAAGUGCUCAUUUUUUUUUCUUGUGCUCCUCAAAGUGAGCAAAACCAAAACUAGUUUGUGCUUUUCAAUUUCUCAGCUGUUCAGUUCGUUUUUUUUUUCGAAUAACAAAACAAAAAUCGGGAUUUUCCGGACAAAUUUCCGAAAUUAUUAUUAUUGUUUUGCGCAGCAAGAAAAUCGGGAAAAAUUUUGUGAAGUGAUAAACAAAAACUUGAGAAAUUUUUGAUCUACAGUAAUCAGGGAGUACUAGGGUUACUGUAGCUCAUGAAAUUUAAAUUAAAUUUUGUGGAAAGUAAAAUUGGUCUUCCAGAAAUUUUUGUUGAAAAAUUGAAGUUCAAAAAAAGGUCAAGUUGAAAAAAGUACUGUACUUUGGGUUACUGUAGACUGAAAGUUUCGAAUUUCUGGAAACUUGUUAUCUACAGUAGUUGAGGAUCAAAAAUAGAUUUCCAAAUAUUUCAAAAAAAAAAUUUGAAACGUAUUUUUUCCGUCAAUUUUUUCCUGCUCAAAAAUCGGUGAUAUUUGAGCUCAAAAUGCUCCAAAUUUCAAGGAAAAUCUGGAAAUUUUAGAAAAAUUUGAAUUCAGAUUGAAAUUCUGGAAAUUUGAAUACAUUGAGACAAAUUCAAUGAAAAAUAUUUCAAAAAAUUUUGAAACGUAAUUUUUCCUCCAAAUUUUUUCUGCUCAAAAAUCGAUGAUGUUUGGGCUCAAAAUGCUCCAAAUUUCAAGGAAAGUCUGAAAAUUUCAGGAAAAUUUGAAUUCAGCUUGAAAUUCUGGAAAAUUGAAUACAUGGAGAAAAAUUCAAUAAAAAAUAUUUCAAAAAAUUUUGAAACGUAUUUUUUCCCGCUCAAAAAUCGAUGAUGAUUGGGCUCAAAAUGCUCCAAAUUUCAAGGAAAAUCUGAAAAUUUCAGAAAAUUUGAAUUCAGCUUGAAUUUCUGGAAAUUUGAAUACAUGGAGAAAAAUUCAAUAAAAAAUAUUUCAAAAAAUUUUGAAACGUAAUUUUUCCCGCUCAAAAAUCGGUGAUGUUUGGGCUCAAAAUGCUCCAAAUUUCAAGGAAAAUCUGAAAUUUUCAGAAUUUUUUGGUUUUUCCUCAUCUCAUUUUAUUCGAUUUUAUCUUGGAAACUUGCAAAUCUCUUGGAAAAUUUUACACAUUUUCGUCUGCUUCUCUGCACUCUCUUCUAUAAACAUUACACUUUUUUUUUGGGAAGGCUUUUGAACACGCGAAAAUCGACCGAGCGGGGAACAGUUGUUUUUGAGAUAAAAAUGAAGAAGGUGUAGAAUGUUGUGAAAUUUUUUGGGGGGGGGGGGUUGAAUUUUGGCGGGAAAUCGAAUAUUUGAAAAAAAUUUCGAAUUUUUCCGAAAUUUUCAGAUUUUCCUUGAAAUUUGGAGCAUUUUGAGCCCAAACAUCACCGAUUUUUGAGCAGAAAAAAAUACGUUUCAAAAUUUUUUGAAAUAUUUUUUAUUAAAAUUCUCUCAUCGUAAUCAAUAUUCCAGAAUUACAAGCUGAAUUCAAAUUUUUCUGAAAUUUUCAGAUUUUCCCUGAAAUUUGAAGCAUUUUGAGCCCAAAAAUCACCGGUUUUUGAGCAAAAAAAAAUGCCGGAAAAAAUAGGUUUCAAAAUUUUUUGAAAUAUUUUUUUAUUGAAAUUGUCUCAAUGUAUUCAAAUUUCCAGAAUUUCAAGCUGAAUUCAAAUUUUUCUGAAAUUUUCAGAUUUUCCUUGAAAUUUGAAGCAUUUUGAGCCCAAACAUCACCGAUUUUUGAGCAGAAAAAAUUACCGGAAAAAAUACGUUUCAAAAUUUUGUGAAAUUUUCAGAUUUGCCCAUAAAUUUGGAGCAUUUUGAGCCCAAACAUCACCGGAAAAAAAUAAAAAAUCAAAAUUUUUUGCAGACAACCCAAGCUUCUUCCCUGCCAACACACAUUUUGUUAUCCAUGUCUAGAAUCUUGCGCAGACACACUUCAUCGAACUCUAAAAUGUCCAGAAUGCCGUGCUGAGCACAAAGUUCCAUACGAUGGUGUCAAAGCAUUUCAAUCAAACUACACGUUGACCGGAUUUUUGGAAAUUCAUUUGCAAGCCACUCCUGAAUCUGCGGCUGAAAUUGAAGAAUAUAUUCAUAGAUACAAUCUGGAACGUUGUAAAAUUUGUGACGAAAAAGCGGAUUGUGAGCCGUGUGCACAUUGUGAUCGAAAAGCGUGUAAAGAAUGUCGACAGACACAUAUGGAUAUGUUGAAACGGGAUAUGUCGAGAUUAUUGAAUCAGGUGAGGAAUUUUUUCUGAAAUUUUCAGAUUUUUCAUGAAAUUUCGAGCAUUUUAAGCCCAAACAUCAUCGGUUUUUGACGAGAAAAAAAUUCCGGAAAAAUUUUUUCUGAAAUUUUCAGAUUUUUCAUGAAAUUUGGAGCAUUUUGAGCUCAAACAUCAUCGAUUUUUGAGCAGGAAAAAUUGCCCGAAAAAAUAGGUUUCAAAAUUUUUUUAAAAUGAUUUUUCUCAUCGUAUUCCACAAAUUUUGUUUGAAUUUCAAGCUGAAUUUAAAUUUUUCUGAAAUUUUCAGAUUUUUCAUGAAAUUUGGAGCAUUUUGAGCUCAAACAUCACCGAUUUUUUACGAGAAAAAAUGCCGGAAAAAAUAGGUUUCAAAAUUUUUUGAAAUAUUUUCUGAAAUUUUUAGAUUUUUCAUGAAAUUUGGAUCAUUUUGAGCCCAAACAUCACCGAUUUUUGAGCAGGAAAAAAUACGUUUCAAAAUUUUCCCUGAAAUUUUCAGCCACGUGGAUUACAGUACCCCUCGAUUUUUUGCAGGUCAAGCGAUUAGCAAAUCGAAUAACUGAAGCCUCAGACAAUCUAUCAAAAGGCAUCGAUUUGAUGACAAUGAAUUGCGAAACGACGAAAUGCGAGGUUAAAGAGUAUUUUCAUAGGUAAGAAGGUCUACAGUACUCCUACAGUACCCCUAUUUUUUCCAGAUAUCAAAGAGAGCUGAAAAAACGUGAAGACAAUUUUUUGGCUGAAAUCGACGCAUUUCAGGCGACUGAAAGUCGCCUGAUGAGCAAUUUACGAGAUGUUUUAGAGAUUGAAAGUUCGAAUAUGAGUGAAGCUGUUAGUCGAUUGGAUGCUGCUAUUAAGGUACAGUAAUCUACAGUAGUCUACAGUACCCCUGGGGAAACUACAGUAAUCUAGGAUCCUAGAAAGGUUUAUUAUGACGUGGAAGUAGUUUUAAUCCCCGGGAAAGUUACAGUACCCUCGAAAAAUGUUUCUACAAAGAAAUCUAGUUCUGUAGUUCUACAGUAGUCUACAGUAGUCUACAGUAGUCUACAGUACCCCUAUGAUCUUUAAAAAAUUUUCAGGGCGAAUGUGCAAUUGAAGAUGCUGAAUUGGUUCGAAUGAAAAACACUUUCACCGAAGGAUUGGAGUAUUUGAGGAAUUUUCAGGUGAGAUUUGAGAUUUUCAGAAAAAAAUUCCAUCCACGUGGCAUGUCAGCCUCAAAAUUCAUGAAAAAUUGAAUAUUUUAAGCCCAAAAAUCGUGGUUUUUCAAGAUUUUUGGGGUAUUGCUCAUGUUAAACUCAAAAAAAAAAUCAAUUUUCAAUGAAAAUAGUGAAAAAUUGCUCAUAUCAGCCUGAAAUUUCUGAAAAUUUCAAAAUUUCAAGCCCACAAAUUGUGAUUUUUCAAGAAAUUCGGGGGAUUGCUCAUAUUAAACUCCAAAAAUCGAUUUUCAAUGAAAAUUGUGCAGUAUUGCUCAUAUUAGGCUCAAAAUGCGUGAAGAUAUGAAAUUUUUCGUGAUUUUUCAAGAAAUUUGGAGCAUUGCUCAUAUUAAACUCCAAAAAAUCAAUUUUCAAUAAAAAUUGUGCAGUAUUGCUCAUAUUAACUUCAAAAUUUAAGAAAAUUUCAAAAUUUUAAGCCUAAAAACCGUUAUUUUUCAUGAAAUUCGGGGUAUUGCUCAUGUUAAACUCUAAAAUAACCGAUUUUCAAUGAAAAUUGUGCAGUAUUGCUCAUGUUAGCUUCAGAAUGUGAGAAAAUUUCAAAAUUUAAAGCCCGAAAAUAGUGAUUUUUCAUGAAUUUCGGAAUAUUGCUCAUGUUAAACUCAAAAAAAAUCAAUUUUCUAUGAAAAUUGGGCAGUAUUGCUCAUAUUAGUCUCAAAAUUUAUGAAAAUUCAAAAAUUUUACGCCCAAAAAAUCGUGAUUUUUCAUGAAAUUUGGGGUAUUGCUCAUGUUAAACUCCAAAAUAACCGAUUUUUAAGAAAAAUUUUAAAACAUUGCUCAUCUUACUCCUCUCCAAUCCUUGCAGCCCGACGCCGACGAGCUAUUCAAUCGCAAGCUGCGCUUCUCGGCCGGCGACGACGCCGCCAAACUGCCAGCCGCCAUCACAACAUCAGGCGAACUGUGUGUUCUGGUGCCGCAGUUCAGCGGCCGCUAUUUGCCACUCGAACAAAGCUAUUUGCCACGACCUUUUAGAUUGCCGUUGGAGAGUGAUAAUUAUCGAGUCAAAUCUGAGGAUCGACAGAAUUUGCAGCAACAAAGGGAAAGUGAGCGGACUUCUUCGAGACAUAGGUAAGAUCAGACGUUUUGAGUGACGUCAUGCAUGUUUUUAAUUUUUAAUUAUGUGUAAUUAACUAAUUAACAUCGAGCGAAGCGAGUGUAAACCGCAAGCUUCCGCUUCAGCGGCCACGUGGUUUACUAUGACGUUUACCAUAUCAUAACAAUCCACGUGGCCGCUAGAGCGGAAGACAGUGCCGCUGACGCGGAAGUUAGCGGUCUACACUCGCUUCGCUCGAUGUUAACCUGAGCAAUGCUUCGAGCGAAGCGAGUGUAGACCGCAAGCUUCCGCGUCAGCGGCACUAUCUUCCGCUUCAGCGGCCACGUGGUUUACUAUGACGUUUACCAUAUCAUAACAAUCCACGUGGCCGCUAAAGCGGAAGACAGUGCCGCUGACGCGGAAGCUUGCGGUCUACACUCGCUCCGCUCGAAGCAUCGCUCAGGUUAACAUCGAGCGAAGCGAGUGUAAACCGCAAGCUUCCGCGUCAGCGGCCACGUGGUUUACUAUGACGUUUACCAUAUCAUAGCAAUCCACGUGGCCGCUAAAGCGGAAGACAGUGCCGCUGACGCGGAAGCUUGCGGUCUACACUCGCUCCGCUCGAAGCAGCAUGAACUAGACUAUAGUUUAGAAGUAGUACUGUGGUUUUCUCAAAUUUUUUAUUUUUAAAGUUCAGGUUUACAGUAACCCAAAUGCAGGAUAUACAAAGAAUUUGGAAGUAUAUAGAGUACUGUAGCCCAAAGAGUACUGUAGUUCAAAGAAGAUCUCAAAGGGCAAAUUUAGGUUGACUACAGUAACCCCAGAUUACUGUAGCCUAGUCUUACUGUAUCCGGUCUACAGAAACUGCGAUUAUAGUUCUUCCACUAGUGAAGAUCUACAGUAAUCUUAAGGUACAGUAAUCUUAAGAUUACUGUAGUUACUAGAAUCAAGUUUUAGUUUGAACUCUUUAUGAAAAACGGUGUCUGCAGAGGGUACUUCUCAUCUACAGUACCCCAAGAUUACUGUAACUUCGGAGAUCAAAAACACUUCAAAUAAGUCUAAGAAAAUCUACAGUACUCCAAGAUUACUGUAGUUCUAGAGCUCUUACAACUGCUCAAAAACAGUUCAAACAACCUCCACAAAAUCUACAGUAUCCCUAGAUUACUGUAGUUCUAGAGCUUUUACAACUGCUCAAAAAUAGUUUAACCAACCUCCACAAAAUCUACAGUAUCCCAAGAUUACUGUAGUUGCUCAAAAACAGUUCUAACCAACACACGUGUCGUCCUCUCAUCUACAGUAACCCAUGCCCUGAAACUUCAGAUUCUGAGAACCCUCCUGACCCUUAGCUCAAAUUUCAGCCACCGCCCAACAUCAGCAGUCAUGGAAACAUCGGCCGACGAAUCAUCGCUUCGCUAUCGCCGACGUCAACAACUCGAAGAAGAGGCGUGGAAUCGGCUGAGAAAUCCGGCAAGUCAACCACCAACUUCGACUUCACCAUGGGCGGCCUCACGGAAUUCGGAGAGACCGACAAGUCUGAUUGUCGAGGCGCCAGCCACUUCAACUUCCACGUCACCAACUCCGAUUCCAGCCCCAGUCACCUUGAAAUCCCGCCCACCACUUCCACCCCAACAACAAACAUCUGUGGAAAAACCGGUAGAUCUACCACCUGCCCCGAUUUCCGAAGUGAAGAAGUUCUUGCGUCAGCAAAGUUCGAACGAUGAUUCGCUGAACGAGAAGGUUGAGACGAUUCGAAGAGCACAUCAGCAACGACAAGCCGCGUCGAGAGCUGUGUCUUCUGAUGAAUCCGAAGGCGAGGAUUUUCAAGUUAGCCCAAAUCGGGGGCGAAUUCGGAUUGUUUGUCGAGCUGCAUCGAUGACGCGCGAGGACAUCGGACCGCCGGUGAAUCAGAUUUCCACCAACAUGGAUCACGUCACGAUCCCCGUCACACAUUUCACAGGUGAGAACGACGAUGAUUCAACGCCAACGCCCGCCUGGCUACAACGGCGUCGUCAGCGCUUUCAGCGCUCUCGAACCAAUCCCGACUUGCAAUCGCAAUUCACGUCGGCGCGAGUCCAACAACUUCUCGCCGAACGACAAUCUCGUUUAGACUCGUCCACCACCACCGACGACGAGAAGGAGAAGUUGGCGGUGCAGGCGAGGCAACGCGGGCGGAGUGCGUCGCGGGAGGCUGGCGAGUGGCGAGCUCGCGGUAGACCUCGCGCGGUUUUCGGGCGGAAAGGCGCGAAGGAUGGCGAGAUGAAUUGGCCGAGGGGUAUAUGCGCGGUUGCCGGUGGAUUGGUCGCCACUUGUGACUCGUCAAAUCAUCGUGUUUGUAUAUUUGACUCCAAGGAUGGCAAAUUCGUGAGGCAAUUUGGUGGAUAUGGAAGUGGUGUGGGGGAACUUGAUUCGGCCGCCGGUUUAGCUUCGGCUAAAUUGCGAUUGGUUGUUUCGGAUCGGUAUAAUCAUCGGAUUUGUGUGUUCGGUUUGGAGGGCGAUCAUUUAUUCUCGUUUGGUGGACAUGGACAUGCCAAUGGGAAGUUUAAUAAUCCGUGGGGUGUGGCGAUUGAUGAAUUGGGAAGUAUUUAUGUGGCUGAUAAGGUGAGAACUAGAGUCUAGUUACUGGACCUACAAAAUUCACGCCAACAAAAAAACGCACUGACGCAAUUUCUUGAGCUAACUUUCGUCAGCAAUUGAUAUACUUGACACAUUCUCUAACAGACUUAUUGUAAGCCUACAAAAAAUGCGCCAGCAACUAGGUAAACUGACACGGUUUCAGUAGCCUUUCGACUUGACGCAAUUUUAGUUACUCAUUGAAUAAGUGUAUAACAAGUUGAGCUACAAAAUAUGCGUCAGCAGGCUAUCGAAGCUGACGCCUUUUCUGUAUCCCGUCAUUUCAUUCCAGGAUAAUCACCGUGUGCAAGUUUUCGACAAAAACGGACAGUUCAUCGCGAAAUUCGGCUCGAUCGGACAUCUUCCGGGACAACUCAACAGCCCACUUUUUAUCGCAGUCAGCAAGGUUACACAUCAGGUAUGUUUUGCGCUAGUGGACCGCAAGCUUCCGCUUUAACGGCCACGUGGUUUAUUAUGACGUGGCAAACGUGAAUUCUGAUGACGUGAAAUAGCAGUAGCUACAUUAUACCAGGUAGCCGCUGCGCGGAAGCUUGCGGUCUACACUCGUUCCGCUCGAAGCAUUGCUCAGGUUAACAUCGAGAAAAGCGAGUGUAGACCGCAAGCUUCCGCGUCAGCGGCACUAUCUUCCGCUUCAGCGGCCACGUGAUUUACUAUGACGUUUACCAUAUCAUAGCAAUCCACGUGGCCGCUAAAGCGGAAGACAGUGCCGCUGACGCGGAAGUUUGCGGUUUACACUCGCUCCGCUCGAAGCAAUGCUCUAGUUAACAUCGAGCGAAGCGAGUGUAGACCGCAAGCUUCCGCGUCAGCGGCCACGUGGAUUAGUAUGACGUUUACCAUAUCAUAGCAAUCCACGUGGCCGCUAAGGCGGAAGACAGUGCCGCUGACGCGGAAGCUUGCGGUUUACACUCGCUCCGCUCGAAGCAAUGCUCUAGUUAACAUCGAGCGAAGCGAGUGUAGACCGCAAGCUUCCGCGUCAGCGGCUACGUGGUUUACUAUGACGUGGAAAACGUGAAUUCUGAUGACGUGCUCGACCUCGAGCGCUUUACGCGAGUGUUGACCGCAAGCUUCCGCGUCAGCGGCCACGUGGUUUACUAUGACGUGAAAACCGUAAUGAUAUUCCAUGUAUCCACGCGCACUUCGCCACGUGGCAAACCACCCUCCAUAUUUUUCUAGAUCUACGUCUCCGACUCGUCAAAUCAUCGAAUCUCGGUCUUCGACGCCCAAGGUCAUCACCUAUUCUCAUUCGGUGAAGAAGGUUUCCACGGCGGCCAAUUCAAAUUUCCACGUGGCAUCGCCAUCGACUCGCAAGAAAAUGUGAUAUGCGCCGAUUCGGGCAACAAUCGAAUUCAGAUAUUCGACGCGCAAGGCCAAUUCAUCUCCUCAUUCGGCACAUGGGGCGGUGGAGCCGGACAAUUGAAGGGUGUCGAAGAUGUUUGCGUCACACCGGAUGGUUCGAUUGUGGUCACUGAUCGAGAGAAUCAUCGAAUUCAAAUCUUUUGA